AUGUCGUCGAAUCAAAUACGUACAAGAGAUAUGAAUUUUGGCAUCAAUCGUAACAAUAGUGUUGGCAUUGUAGCUGCUAAAAAUACUGAUAUCGAGAUAGCCGUGGGUAAUCCACGAAAUACAACUACUCGAGUAGAUGUCAAUAAGAACUAUUCAUCGAGAUACAAUCAUGCAGUGAAACAAUGUAAUUAUUUCCGUCAAAAUGGCCAAGCUACCAAAAGGAAUAUGCGUGGUGGUGAUUUUUUCUUACGAACAAAACUGGCAAUAUUUCUUAUACUUGUCAGUAUUGUUUUUGCUGGUUUAAGUGUUCGGUGGAAGUAUUUUGUGCCUAUACCAUUGGUAAUUUCAAUAGUCUACAUGGUCUUAUCAAUUUUAAACUUACAUAUCGGUCGAACAAAUGGAAAUCUCUUUACACUAGAAAUGAUACCUGUAACCGAAGGCAGUUUAACUCUAACAAAUGAAUUUUAUAAAAUACCGGUUCAUGGACGUAUACAAAAUCAAUUCGUACUUGGAAUAAUACAAAACAACUCAGCACUCAUUGCUCAACUACAAUCAGAACAUCGUAAUUCGAUCGAAAUUGAACUGAUGUUCUACACACCUACAUAUUACAGCUACACAAAAUAUGUCGCCAAAGCUUUGGGAUACUUUUUUCUCUUUUUAGUUUUAUUUGUUGUCGCGAUUUUCUGUGUUGUUACAAAAAUAGAUAAUUCUUGA